UUCAAUCCGGAAUAAAAGUUUCGGCCAGAUAUUCGGGAUUUCGUUGGAAUAUUCGCAAUAUUCUGUGAAAUUAGGCAACUUUUUGUGUUCAGUGAUGUGAAAAAUAAACUGUUCGGAGGUAUUUAAGUGGUGUUCCGGUGAAAGUGUCUAGUGAAAAAUAUAUUGUUUGGCCUGGAAAAAGCCAGAGGGCUGGAAAAAUCUAAAUUCGUCGCAGCAAAAUGUCGUGGCUCAACGAUAGUUUGAACAAAGUUAAGGGCCAAAUUACUAGCUUUGCCCAGGAAGUGCUGGCCGAGGGAAUCGUGGAAGAGGAAACCGAGGAGGAAAUCGAGGGUAGGCGGUUCAAUCCCAUAAAGGAGCUGGAACAUGCCAAAGAUCAGAUCGGACAGCUAACGGGACUUUGUGCGACGCAGGACCAAGAGAUUGCAACACUGCGCAAACAAAUUGCGGAAUUUCAACAGCUAAAGACCGAACAGGCACUUCCCUCGUCCAAGUUGAUCGCGAAGGAUUCACCCUUAUUGACCGAUCAAAAUGCCGGUCCGUCAACAUCCACGCAACAUCCGCCAGUCCCCGCAGCGUCCGCCCUCGAGGACAGCUGGUUCUGGGACCCGGAACAAAACGUUUCGUCCACAUCGUCAUCCUCCAAAAAAGACGACGAUCCCGAAAAUGACUCACCUCGUUCGGGAGCCGACCUGACCACCAUUCCGCUGGAACCGCCAGCAACCGAGGGCGAGAUCAUCGAGCGGCUCCACCGUCAGCUGACGGACAAGAGCCAACAACUGAAGAAGCAAAUGCUCGAGAAUGCACUGCUCAACGAGAAUCUCACGCAGAUGAGCGGCGAGAAUCGCGAGCUCAACGAGAACAUCGAGGAACUCGAUAGGCAGCACGAGCUGGUGGUGGAAAAUUUGCUGACGGCAAAGAAGAACCUGCAGGACCGGUGCUCACAACUCGAGGAAGAGCUUCGAAUCAAGCAGGGUGAAGCGAGCGUCACCAAAGAGUUGGACGAGCUGAAGGUAAGUUACGGGAAGCUCGAACAGAGCUACGUAAACUCAUGUCAGGAAAGUGUCCAGCUGAAGGCCGAGCUAGAGAGGAUCGUUGUGGAGAACAUUGAUGCGGUAGCUGGGUUGGAGGGUGAAAUUACGGAACUAAAGAAAACUCUUGAGGAAUCGCAAAACUCGUCGGAGGCAGUUGAUCACAAGUCCAACACACUAGCGAGAGAAAAUGCCAAGUUGGACGAGCAACUAGCAAUAUUGAAGGACGAAAAUGAACAGCUGGGUAAGAAACUUGAACAAAUGACAACACAGAGUGAGCAACUCGCCAAAGCGGAAGACGAAUGCGAGCAACUAAAGCGAGAGCUAGAAGAACUCAAGCGCAAAUCCGAAGAGGAUGCCUUUGUGGCACUCGAUCAAACGGAACUUGAAGAGCUGCGGAAGAACUACGAAGCGCUAGCUGCGGAGGUUGAGCGGUGGAAAACAGACUGCGAUCGACUGCAGGAGGACAAUCUGGUGCUACAAAAGAAGCUUGAGGAGCGCAAGCCGGAUGAAACGCAGGUGGCUCAGCUUCAGCAAGAGGUGAGCGAGCUGCAGAACGAACUGCGCAGUGUGAUCAUCGACAACUCGGUACAACUGGACGCCAAGGAGAAGGAGUGGCAAGAGAAGCUCAACUUCGUGAAAGCUGAAAACUCGAGGAUUCAGCACAGCAAGGAUACGCUCGAGGCUGACUUGAUGCAGUACGAGAAGGAGUGCGGAAACUUGAUGAAGAAUAAUGACUUGCUGAUUGCGGAGAUUGAUAACUUGAAGUGCAAGAAGCUGGAGACAAUCAAUGAAAAUGCUGAGGAUAGCAUUGUGAUUUUGGAGAGACAGCUGGAGGAAAGCACCAUGCUUAACAAGAGUCUUGAAGACGAGUACCAGGAGGUGAACAAGAAACUGGAGGAGGUUUUAGAGGAGCGGGAAGAACUGGACGCCAAGGUUGAAAACUACCAGAAGACACUCGAAGAGAAGACGAGGAUAGUGUACGAUUUGCGGAUGACGGUGGAAGCGCUGGAAGCUGAGAAAGCACACCUUUUGUUUGAGGUGAACGAAGCAAAGGCGAAAGAAUCCACUUCGGAGGAACUUGAUGAGUUGGAGCAACACAAGCUGCAGGUGGAGGAUCUCCGCGCUCAAUUGAGCACCAUCAACGAGGAUCACGCUAGUCUGGUACUGAAACUGCAGCAACUUCAGCAAACUUCCAUUGAGAACACGCGAAACUCGGAAGCAAAGCUAUCUGAGCUGGAAGCGAAGGAAAGUGCGAUCAAGCAACUGCAGGCAGAUUUGCUGCGAGUAUCGGAGACUGCAAACGAAACGACAAGCGAUGGUGCUGCCAAGGUGCUAGAAGAGCGUUUAGAGGCAGAAGCGAGCAAAGCUACGGCGUUGGCAGUGGAGAAAGACGAGGUUGAGGAGAAAUUGGCUAAGGCGGUCGAGGAACUGGAUCAAGUAAGGGCAGAAUUCGAAGAAGCUUCAAAGUCGAACGCCACCAAGGUGGCGGAACUUACACAGGCUGUCGAAGGCAUCACGCAGCAAAAGGACAACCUCGUGCAGCUGGUGACGGUCAAGCACAACGAGAACGUUCAGUAUCACGCGGAAAUACAAAGGCUAAGUCAGCUGCUUCAAACCGAACUAGCGGCCAAAAACGAGGCAAAGGCGGACAGUGACGAAUGUUCCAGCUUGCGGGAGAGGCUUGCGCAGCUGGAAGCGCAAACUUCAAAGCUCGCAGACUUUGACAAAAUGGCCGACCAGAUUCAGUUCCUGCGGGAAAAGUCGGACAUCUUGACGAACAAUCUGCUCAUCGAGCAGAACAACCAGAAGGUGCUACAGCAGGAGAAGCAAGAGGUGAUCGAGCAGAAGAACGGACUGGCAAAGGACCUGGAGCGGUUGAGACAGCAUCUGCUGGAGAUCGAGGAAGCGCAUACGCUGGAGACGGUCGAGCUGCAGCAGCGGUACGAUGAAGCGAGAGGAAAGCUGCAAACGCUGGAGGAAGACGUCAAGAAGUCAAGCAAUGCGCAAAAGUCAGCAAGCAUUCGCGCGAAUCAGCACGCCGAAACGCUGCAGGCCCAGUAUCACCUGUUGCAGCAACAGCGGGACGAGUUGGCGGCCAAACUGAGCGCGGCCGAUGACCGCGACUACAAGAACCUGGCCUCGCUGACGAACCUGCAGGUGGCGCUCGAGCAGUUUCAAAACAACAAAGAACGCGACAUCGAGCUGGCAACACUGGCCAUUCGGCGGGACCUGGAACAGGCCCAGGCUCGGGAAAUGGCCCUCAAAGGGGAUAUCCGACAGCUACAGCAGCAGCUUGCGGACGCCAAAAAUGGACUGCUGGCCGCUGCCCGGAUUUCAGACCAACUCGAGAUAGCACAGGUCACCGUGGCAUCGUUGCGUGAAGAGUUAUCAAAAAGCAACGACCGAUAUCUGCAGCUCGAGGGUCGUUUGCAAGCCACCGAAGCGAACCAGGCGGACAAGGUCGAGAAAUCACUGGUCAAGAAUCUGGUCAUCGGGUACGUGGUCGCACCGAACCAGAACGAUAAGCAUCAAAUACUGAAGCUCAUCUCGGCCGUCCUAACGAUGGACCAAAACGAGUGCACAAAGGUGGGCCUAAACAAGUCCGGCGGUGGCUGGUUCAACAGUAUCCUGGGAAGUGGCGCCGCAGCCACCAACUACAACAAGGAAAGCCUCACCGAGGCGUUUGUCAAAUUCCUGGAAAAGGAAUCGACCCCGCGACCACCGAACCCCGCUGGAUCGAGCCUGCUCAACAUCAUGGCGAACCAACCGUCGCCGCCGUCAACACACCCUUCCCGUACGACCACGCCAACACAAGCUUCAGCAGCAGCAGACCAAGUCCCAGUCACGCCCGUGCAACCCGUAAUUCUGCUGGGUGGACCAACGGAGUUCCAACCGCAGCGCAGUUCCAGCUCGAUCCUGAAGGACAUUCUGAGCGACUCCUGAUUGGAGCUGUUCUAGUGAGGAGUGGGAUUUGUUCCACCGCUCACGCUCGAGACAGAAAAGCUGAGCUUUUUGUAAAUAAGUGUGUUUAGUUUGGGGUGGGAAUUGCGACGGCGUCGGGGAAGGAUUAAGAAUGCCGUGUGACGAAUAAGACUUGUGAACAGUUUGUUGAUGAUGGUUGUUUUUUUUUCAUAUUUCUGUGCAAUUGCAACACUAUUUAUCUAGUUCACAAAACAAAACGCUUUCGUAAAGGAAGAUUUUAUUAAAUGAGCAAGCAAACGUACUACGAGGAACAUAUAUAGCAGUAAAUCAUAACUCUUACUCAAAAGUUAGUUGUAUUAAAACUACCAAGAUUUCGGUCUUGUUUGAAUAUGA